AUGGCAAGCACUACUAUUGGAAUUCAAAAUAUGACCAGAAUCACUACGGACAAUUCUACAGUGCAGACAGAGAUCUUCUCAGGCUUUAAUGUCUUCAUAAUAUGCAUUUACUUUGCCAUCCUUGUUGUAAGUCUCAUUGGAAAUGGGCUCGUCAUAUUUGUGACUGGUUGCAAAAUGAAGACGACAGUCAACUCCAUUUGGUUCCUCAACUUGGCGAUUGCAGACUUCAUCUUCUCCUUAACUCUAAUCAUAAGAGCAUUUUUAGACAUUCACAGUAUCUGGCAUGUUGAUACCUCCAAGUGCACAUUUCUCUGGUUCAUGAUUUACCUAACCUCAUCUGCUAGCAUUUUGCUGCUGACAACUAUUAGUCUGGACCGAUGCCUGAGCACAUGGAUGGUUGUGUGGUCUCGUAAUAAUCGAACCGUAUUCAAAGCCAAAAUCAUCUGCGUGAUUGUGUCGGUUUUAUCCAUCGGCUUCUGCAUCCCUGCAUUCAUCAAUUGCUCAGCAACAAAGAGUGAAGGAAGCUAUCCUAUUCAAUACUACAAGUUUCUGGUCAUAUCCAGGUUUAUAUUGGCCUUUGUCAUCCCCUUCCUGAUCAUUGCAUCUUCAUAUAUAGCUAUCGGUGUGCGAGUCAAACGUCUCAAAAAGGAGAAUCAGCUCAGGUCUUACCGGGUCAUUAUAGCUGUGGUCCUGGCAUUUUUCAUAUGCUGGCUUCCUUAUCGUGUAUACAAAUUGUAUUAUAUAAGUGUAAAAGAGAAGCAGUUGAGCGAUUCUGUUAAAGAGGUUCUUUCAAAAAUUAAAGUUGUAGUUAGCUUCCUGGUUUUUCUAAACAGCUCUCUGAACCCCAUUCUCUAUGUGUUCAUGUGUGAGGAGUUUAAGAAGAAGCUGAAACAGUCUCUGCUGCUGGUGCUGGAGACGGCGUUUGCUGAAGAUCAUCUGGACUUCUGAGUCAAAAGCAAACAAAAUAUAUCACCAUCUCUAUGCCUGCCAGCUGCCAGCCACAUAAAGACAAACAAAGCACUCAUAAUUUAUGGUCAUACAGUGUAAGACAUCAUUCGUUAACUGUAAAGGGUGUGUUUUAAUUUGCAUACACUCACAAUAA